CUGAUAUUCCGAUCUCUUGUGCGCAUUCCCUUCUGCAAGUACCGCCGGUUGCGAAGACGCAAAACGUCGGCGAAGCGCAGAGAGAGUUUCAAAGCGCAAUCCUCUCGGCUCCAUAGUCACAACUCAAUACCGAUGUGGACCCCCAGCGAAUCUCCGAUCAAAGCUACUCCCUUGGCUCGCAUCUUCUACGGUUGGCCUCCGGAGACUGCCACCGACCUGCCGCCGGGAACGAGCAGAGAGAGGCGAGAUUCCGCUCCACAAUCGGCGCCCUAUUAGUUAAGAUACCCUCAAUGGUUUUCCUUCUCCCUUUAGCUAUGGCUGCCAAUGUUGUGAGAUCAACGCUGAACAACUUAUGCUGGUUUGUGGUUUUGGCCCUAGCCCUGCACCAUUGCUUCAGUUUGGUAGCCAUUGCCCAGCAAGUCCCAUGCUUCUUCAUAUUUGGGGACUCUCUGGUGGACAAUGGGAACAACAACCACAUUAAAACUUUGGCCAGAGCCGAUUACCCGCCUUAUGGGAUAGACUUCCCCGGCGGCCCUUCUGGCAGAUUCUCCAACGGCAAAACCACCGUUGAUGUAGUUGCUGAGCUACUGGGAUUCGACAAUUACAUCCCUCCCUAUACUGUUGCCAGCGGGGAGGGGAUACUGAAGGGAGUGAAUUACGCAUCUGCAGCUGCUGGCAUUCGGGAGGAGACUGGGCAGCAACUGGGAGGCAGGAUAAGCUUCAGUGGUCAAGUGAGGAACUAUAAGAACACAGUGUCCGGGAUUGUUAACUUGCUUGGAGAUGAAGACACAGCGGCUAAGCACUUGAGCAAGUGCAUUUACUCGGUUGGGUUAGGGAGCAAUGACUAUCUCAACAACUACUUCAUGCCAUUGAUUUACUCUACUUCUAGGCAGUUCACCCCGGAGCAGUAUGCUGAUGACCUCAUUCAGAGAUAUACUCAGCAACUCAAGAUUAUGUAUAGCUAUGGUGCGAGGAAGUUUGUGUUGAAUGGAGUGGGACAGAUAGGGUGCAGCCCAAGUGAAUUGGCUCGAAAUAGUCCGAACGGGAGGACUUGCGUGCAGAAUGUCAACACUGCGAUUCGUACCUUCAACUACAAGCUAAAAUUGCUAGUUGAUCAGUUGAACCGCGACACCCCUGAUGCCAAGCUAAUCUACGUCGAUACCUAUGGGAUUUUCCAGGAACUGCUCAACAACCCAGUAGCCCACGGGUUCAGAGUGAAGAAUGCAGGGUGCUGUGGGGUUGGGAGGAACAACGGUCUAAUUACAUGUCUGCCGUUCCAAAUUCCAUGCCAGAAUAGGAACCAGUACUUGUUCUGGGAUGCAUUCCACCCGACGGAGGCCGCCAACGCAUAUGUAGGAAAGAGGUCUUAUAUCGCACAGUCUCCCAGUGAUGCUCAUCCCUACGACAUUCGCCGGCUUGCUGAGCUCUGAUAAGAUUCUGGAAAUGGAGAUUAGAUCAGAUGAGGUCAUCCUUUGUCCUUUUAGCAGCCUCACAUGAUGUUCAAAGUUUUGGCAGUCAGUUCUUAUCCAUAUUUCCCUGAGUGCUACUUCUGAUAUGUGGUACUUUUGAAUUCAGAUUGAAUAAUCUCCCUUGUUAGGCCUUCAGAUCUUUCUUUUUCUUGGAACCUUAGAGAUAAUUUAGGACGGUAAAACAACUCUUUGAUACUAAACCAAUCCCAAACUAGUUUUACCCUCUAUUUACAUGAUCAUGCUGGAUGUCAAACUGUUCAAUGGUUGUUGUUCCCGUUCGUUGUCAUUUAUAGAGCAUUUCAUGCCUGUGAAUUCUUUUUUAAUGAAUGAGCA